AGUGUAACGCUUAGCAGCCCUAGUGUAACGCUUGGCAGCCCUAGUGUAACGCUUGGCAACCCUAGUGUAACGCUUAGCAGCCCUAGCCCGAGAAAGCCUAAAACAAAUAAUAGCGACGGCGACGCAAGUGUAACGCUUGGCAGCCCUAGUGUAACGCUUGGCAGCCCUAGUGUAACGCUUGGCAACCCUAGUGCAAGUGUAACGCUUAGCAGCCCUAGUGUAACGCUUGGCAGCCCUAGUGUAACGCUUGGCAACCCUAGUGUAACGCUUAGCAGCCCUAGCCCGAGAAACCCUAAAACAAAUAAUAGCGACGGCGACGUAGCAAGGCCCUAUUAA